AUAUGUGUGAAUCGCAAUUACCAACUUCUGAAAGUAUCUCCAGUACUCAGGAAAGUGAACCAAAUAAAAGAAUGAAAAUGUCUGUGACUGCAAGUCCACCUUCUGUGACUCUUAGCAUCCCCAGCACAUCAAAGAGCCAUGCGAGUUGUCUUAUAUGUAAAAAGCCAGGUCCAAAGCUUAUAGUGGUGACUCAGUAUGCCCGUGUCAGAGCUUUCUUACGAAAAAAAAUGUUUGUUCCUGCCGGCUCUAGAUGUUGCCCAAAACAUAUUGCAGAUAAAGAGUUUACUGACGAUGCACUACAACAAAUGCAGCAAACAAACCCUGACACAAAUAUCAACAGGACAUCCAUUGUAGAACUGCUCCAACAAACUAGGGAAUUCGCUCUACGGAAUGAAAGUAUUAGACUCAACUUUGAUGACGCCAAGAGUAUGGAUAACGAAGAUUAUUAUAAUCUUACUGGGUUGACGAAAGACCAGUUUGAUGAGCUGCUCUCAUACCUGAAAGACGUUGACAUAAGGGCAACCAAGACCAGAAGUGUGAGGACUUGUAUUGCUAUUCUAUUAACCAAAUUGCGUUGUGGAAUGAGCAAUCAUUUGCUUGGAACUCUCUUUGGCAUGCAAAAAUGGCAGAUAAGGCGUGCUGUAUUGACAGCAAAACAUGCUCUGAUGUUGAACUUUGUUCCACAUCAUUUGGGAUUUUCCCACAUUACCCGGGAGGACGUUAAAGAAAACCACACCCGUCCACUUGCAAAAGAGCUGCUCUGUACUGUAACUGAAAACCCAGUAAUACUAGUACUUGAUGGGACAUAUAUAUACCUACAAAAAAGUGGUAACUUUACAUUCUCAAGAAGAUCAUUUAGUACUCAUAAACACAGGCCGUUGAUUAAACCUAUGAUAGUGGUUACUACAUCGGGGUACGUUGUUUCGGUGCUUGGGCCAUACCUAGCCGACUCCAAGAAUUCAGAUGCUAAGAUUUUGACGCAUAUGAUAGAAACCAACGUAGAGGAAAUUAAAGAUUGGAUAAAGGAGGAAGACAUAUUCAUUGUCGAUAGAGGGUUUAGGGAUGCGGAAACUCUACUCAACGACAUUGGAAUUCAUGUUGAAAUGCCUUCCUUUCUACCACGUGGAACAAAGCAACACACAACAGAAGAGGCUAAUGCAACACGUUUAGUUACAAAACUACGAUGGGUCGUCGAAAGUGUUAAUGGUAGAAUCAAAACCUGGAAUUACUUGGACAGAACCAUUCCCAAUAGCCAGAUACCACACAUCGGAGACUAUGUUCGGAUCAUUAGUGCCAUCUGCAAUAAAUUCAGGCCUGAUGUUAGUACAGGAUUAGAGAGUGACUUGUCGACAGCUGCGAAGAUGCGUUUUCUCUCCAAGGAAGUCAAUGUACUCAAGGAAUAUGUAGAGACAAAUGGUUUAGACAAAAGGCAAGUAAGGUGGCGGAAGAUUGACGCCAGCGACACAAGCAUUGCAUUUCCGCAACUGUCGGAAGAAGAAAUAAGAGAAUUAACAAUGGGGGUAUACCAGAUAAAACUAGCUAAAUCCUAUGCUCAAGAACAUCUGGAUAAAGAUGGCACUUAUGAAAUUUACGUCAACAAUGACCAUGAUGGAAUUCUACGUGCAAAACUUCAAAGCAGGCAUACAUCGGCAAAAACGUAUUUAUUGUGGAUUGGGUUUGAUGAGAUAAAUAUAAAAUCAUGGUUUUGCAAAUGCAAAAUAGGUUCAAGAGUGGUGGGAAUGUGCUCCCACAUCACUAGCGUUAUAUGGUUUUUAUCCUUUGCGAGGCACAGGGAAAACCCAAAGAUUGGAGUUCGGAGUUGGUGCAGUUACGUCGAUGAUGCCGCAGCGCUGCCCGUUGAUGAUUCCGACAGCGACGAAGACAGCCUUGUCGGAAAUGAAGAGGAGUGAUAUUAACAUGUUAACAUUUUAACUUAUUAAAAGUUAUUGAACUUAUUAACACGUUAUUAACAUUAAUAUGUUUACAUUCGGUUCAAAUGAUUUUAAGAUUUGAAAAUGUUUUUUGAAAUUCACAGAGAGAGAGGGGGGGGGGAGGUUGCUUCUUUAGUACUACAGCAAAACUCGGUUAUAACGAAGUCGCUCGGACCUUUGAAAUUACUUCGCUAUAUCCGUUACAACUGUAUGUAAAAUUCAUUAAAUUUAUAUAGCUGGGGAUUGAAAAUGACUUAGCUAUAUCCGUGAAUUCGCAAUAUCCGUGUUCGUACUAAACGAGUUUUACUGUAGUUUUUGAGAGAACGUAAUGAGAACGAGGAAGAGAAAUAAAAGUAAUGAAUUUGUCAAGGUAUUCAAUAGGGAUAUCAAUUUGUUACAAGUUAAUUGUUUACUAGGUCGGAGCUAUGGUAAUCGUUAGAAAAUCUGUAAUAAGUUAGGCGAAAAAGUUUUAAAAAAUUAAAUUUGAACGCAAUUUUUUGAAGUUUGAUAAUUUAGGAUUUCACACAUUCAUUGAUUUAAAUGUGACUACUAGUAUGAUUCUACGGACCGUGGGGCAUGGUUCUUGGUCAUUUUGUGUCUGAAGUGUAAAUUAUUGUUAAAACACGAAGUUGUUACCCCGACUGACCUGUAAUUCUUUGUGUCCAAUCCCUUUGGCAUUUGUCAAUGAAAUAUGUUCAAAAUUCAUUUAUGAUAAUUAAAUCACCGUUUAGUACUGUUAAUUAAACACUGUAAAUUUGAAAAUGUAAUUCAGAAUAAAUCUUAAUUAUGGUGACAACGCUGAAUGAA